AUGGCGUCCAAGAAACAAAUCAUCCCUAUACUUCUUUUAACGGCAAUUCAGGCCUCUGCAGCACCGGCCCCGCAGGCGAGUUCUGGUGCUCAGCCAACAUCAUUCACCGCGAAUCCCAAUGUUGGCCCCGGAGGAGCUAGCUACAAGGACUCGGACCAUUUUCGUCUCUACUCGUCGGAUCAGAGCAAUGCAGAUGCGGUUCUGACCAUGCUUGAAGCUGCCUAUAGCUGCUAUGUCGGUGACCUCGGGUGGACGACGUCGGGAAUCCCAUAUAACGCGGACCCCAGCACCGUGACAACACUGUGGAAGGAGAACAUGUACGAAGUAAAUGAUUUGGGCAGUGCCGCAGGCGUGCAGAAGUCUGACCCGAACACAGGUCUCAGCUGGCUAGAGGUGGUUCCGUCUUCCCUCGCGGAUCCGAGAGUCACCGUGCAUGAAUAUGGUCAUGCCCUCACCUACCACAGUCGGAACUGGGUGGACCAGACUGCCACAGGUGCAUGGUGGGAAACAGUCGCCAAUUGGGUGGCAGAUACAUUCAGCACCUCUCCACUAUGUGCGAAGGCCAGGUCCAACUACAACCAACCGACUGGUGAUACCAUGAUCGAGCUCAACAAAGUGAUCGGAGACUCGUUUCAGGUCAUUGUGGAUGGCUCGACGGGGAGUGGGAACUACUACCAGGCAUGGCCGUUCUUGACCUACUUGACCAACAAUCCGGACAACUACGCGGGUCUCGGCAGCGAUGUUGUUCGCCAACUUUUCCAGCAAUAUGAGAAGGACAGCAACGAGACUCCCCUCCAUACUCUUGCACGCAUUUCGACGGCUGCAUCCGUCCAGGAAAUUGUCGGUCGCUACUGGGCUCGCAUGGCUUAUGUGGAUAUCGGUCAUACAAUCGCUCAGAAAGCAUUCCUCAACCAAAGGAAUCGCCUCAACUAUGCGAAUGUUGACCCCCAAGGCGAUGGUACCUAUGUGGUCAAAUCUUCUCGUAAGCCACAAUACAUGGGUGCCAACAUCCUGCCCCUCAGCAAUGCGGGAGCUGGCAACCUUCAAGUUAGCAUUACUUCCAACGGAGUCUUCUCUGCGACGCUUGCUAUCCGCAACACCAACACGGGUGCUGUUCGGUAUGUCUCGCUCGAGAAUGGGUCGGGCGCGGCUGUCAUGACCGGCAAUGAAGAAGCCAGUGUCGUGAUUGCCAAUACCCCCAAGACACUCUACGAGUAUGAUGCCUUCAAGCUGACCCAGGAGGUACAGCAAGGGUUGGACUACACCAUCAAGAUCUCUGGAGCCACGGUGCAGGGCACUGCAGAAUCGACGUCAACUACCGGAUCCACUACGGGGUCAACGGGAUAUCAAGGCUUACCUUCCUUCUUUAGCUAA